GGAAUGUUGUAUACACUUCUCCUAAAAAUUACGCUAUAAUUUUACAGUCUGCUCUUGAAUUAAUCAAAAGUAAUAUUCUUGAUGGUGUAAUCUGGGCAACCACAAGGUUUAAUGAAUCAGAAUUGCCUUCUACAUUUGCGCUUUCUAAUGAAUACCAAAGUGUUUUUAAGUCAUGGAGUGUAGGUAGUAGUCAUGAAUCUAUAUAUACUGCUACUCCAAUGUUAUUACUUCCAAUAGCGUUUGAUCAACCUGGAAAUGCUGAAAAGUUAGAGCUUACAGGUAUGGCUUUACAACUUUCAAAACUUGAUUUAAAAGUUGACAAAAGUAGUAAUGAAUUGGCAAUGCUUGAAGGUGUUAGAAAUGAGAAUGGUGAACUGGAGGUGUACAAUAAAGUCUUGAUGAGACAUUGGAUCACUCCCGAUUCAAGAAUGGGUUUUAUUAGAGGAAAUUAUUUAGACGUUUUUGGUGCUGCUAUGAUUAUUGUUCUAGUGAUGACUACUAGUCUUAUAUAUUGUUUUUAUAAGGUUAUUAUGUUCGCUUUUAAGAAAUGGACUCUUAGAAAUAGGCAUUCACAAGAAGGUUCUUCAAAACCUAAAAAUGAAUGA